CACCACGAAACCAAAAGUUACUGUAAAACCCGAUUUUAACCCGGAUAUUAUUUAAUUGUUGGCAAAGAAAGAAUAGGUUUUUGGAAGGGUUUAAGGCCAGCCUCCAUUGUUUCUUCUCAAAGAUUUUCCUUUCAAUGCUAACACGCAUUUAAGCUUAUAUAUCACUCAAUUAAACUAAUCUUUUUUCAUCACUUUCCCAAAAAAAAAGAUCCACUGAAAUAUGUGGAGAUACAUAUCAAAACAAGCUUAUUCAAGAAAAUCAAGAAACACCAAUGAUUCACCUUUUCUUGGUUUUGCUCAUUAUUCUAGUUCUUUUAGAAAAAAUAAACCUUUACAAAGUUUGUUUGAAGAAAGUCAUAGAAAUCCCAACUUGGGGUUGUCUCAAAAUUCAAUCUUUACUAGAGUUAGUAGAAAAAUUAGGCAUUUAGAAAGCAUAUGUGAAGAUAGUACUAAAAAGGGUUUGUCUCAAAAUUUGAUUUUUUCUAGAGUUACUGGUAAAAUUAGGCUUUUAGAAGGCAUGUAUGAAGGUAGUUCUAAGAAAUACCUCUUGGGGUUGUCUCAAAAUUCAGUCUUGUCUAGAGUUAAAGGCGAUUUUCGUGUUUGUACUCAAAGGGGUUGUGGAUCUUUAGGAUAUUUGAGGAGUUAUGGUAGUGCUGCAGAAGCAAUUGCAUCAACAUCUGAAGAAGAUAUUGAUGAAAUUCAAGAAUUGAUAGAAGAAAUGAACAAAGAAGAUGAGGCUUUAAAGACCAAUUUGCAACCGAAACAGCCGAAAACGAUAGGUGGAAUGGGGGUUGGGAAGUAUAAUUUGCUUAGGAGAAGGCAAAUAAAGGUAGAAACUGAAGCUUGGGAAGAGGCGGCUAAGGAAUAUCAGGAGUUGUUGAUGGAUAUGUGUGAGCAAAAGUUGGCACCUAAUUUGCCUUACAUGAAAUCUUUGUUUUUGGGUUGGUUUGAGCCGUUGAGGGACGCUAUAGCGGCUGAGCAGAAGUUGUGUGAUGAAGGGAAGAAUCGUGGAGCUUAUGCUCCGUUUUUUGAUCAAUUGCCUGCUGAAAUGAUGGCUGUGAUUACAAUGCAUAAGUUGAUGGGGUUGUUAAUGACUGGUGGAGGAAGUGGUAGUGCUAGAGUUGUGCAAGCUGCUUCCCACAUUGGUGAAGCAAUUGAGCAUGAGGCCAGAAUACAUAGAUUUUUGGAGAAGACCAAGAAAAACAAUGCAUUGAGUGGUGCCGUGGAAGAAACAGCUGGUGACAUAAUGAAAGAAAGAGAGAGGCUAAGGAAAAAAGUAAAAAUUUUGAUGAAGAAACAGAAGCUGCAGCAGGUUAGAAAGAUUGUGAAGAGCCAAGAUGAUGAAAAGCCAUGGGGUCAGGAUAACCUUGUCAAGGUUGGAUGCCGAUUGAUUCAGAUAUUAAUGGAAACCGCCUAUAUACAGCCUCCAAAUGACCAGUUAGAAGAUUGUCCGCCUGAUAUUCGGCCAGCAUUUGUUCACACCCUCAAAACUGUAGAAACAAUGAAAGGUAGCAGGAGAUAUGGUGUGAUUCAAUGUGAUCCGCUUGUUCGUAAAGGCUUAGAUAAAACUGCUAGACAUAUGGUGAUUCCAUAUAUGCCGAUGCUGGUUCCUCCCCAGAAUUGGUCAGGGUAUGACAAAGGUGCAUACUUAUUUUUACCAUCAUACAUUAUGCGGACACAUGGAGCAAAACAGCAGCGUGAAGCAGUCAAAAGAGUUCCAAAGAAGCAGUUGGAACCUGUAUUCCAGGCACUUGACACUCUUGGUAAUACCAAAUGGAGGGUGAAUAGAAGGGUACUUGGCAUAGUAGACAGAAUAUGGGCCAGUGGAGGCCGUCUUGCUGACUUAGUCGACAGGGAAGAUGUACCUUUACCUGAAGAGCCAGACACAGAAGAUGAAGCAGAAAUCAAGAAAUGGAAGUGGAAAGUUAAAUCUGCGAAAAAAGAGAACUGCGAGAGGCACUCUCAGCGGUGUGAUAUUGAACUCAAACUAGCUGUUGCGCGGAAAAUGAAGGAUGAAGAUGGUUUUUAUUAUCCACAUAAUCUUGAUUUCCGUGGUCGUGCAUACCCUAUGCACCCGUAUUUGAACCAUCUUGGCUCUGAUUUGUGCCGCGGCAUCCUCGAAUUCGCAGAGGGGCGGCCACUUGGAAAGUCCGGUUUACGCUGGCUGAAGAUACAUCUAGCGAAUGUAUAUGGUGGUGGCGUUGAUAAGUUAUCAUAUGAGGGUCGUGAAGCGUUCAGUGAAAACCAUGUGGAGGAUAUUUUCGACUCUGCAGAGAGGCCACUGGAAGGAAAGCGUUGGUGGUUGGGGGCGGAAGAUCCUUUUCAAUGCUUAGCAACAUGUAUUAAUAUAUCUGAAGCAUUGAGAAGCCCUUCUCCAGAGACCUCUAUAUCUCAUAUGCCCAUUCACCAGGAUGGUUCGUGCAAUGGGCUACAACAUUAUGCCGCCCUUGGCAGGGAUAAGUUAGGAGCAGAUGCAGUCAAUCUUGUUGCUGGAGAAAAGCCUGCUGAUGUUUACUCUGGAAUUGCUGCUCGAGUUCUUGAUAUCAUGAAGAGAGAUGCCGAAAAAGAUCCCGCAACUGAUCCAAAUGUGAUGCGUGCCAGGCUGUUAAUUAACCAGGUGGAUAGGAAGUUGGUCAAGCAAACAGUGAUGACAUCUGUUUACGGUGUCACAUAUAUUGGUGCUCGUGACCAAAUCAAGAGAAGAUUGAAGGAGCGUGGUGCCAUUGAAGAUGAUAAUGAGUUGUUCGCAGCAGCUUGUUAUGCGGCGAAGACCACCCUGACUGCCUUAGGAGAGAUGUUUGAAGCUGCCAGAAGUAUCAUGAGUUGGCUUGGAGAUUGUGCAAAGAUUAUAGCCAUGGAAAACGAGCCUGUACGAUGGACUACUCCACUUGGACUUCCUGUUGUGCAACCUUACCGCAAAUUAGGAAGACAUCUUAUCAAAACUUCUCUGCAGAUUUUGACAUUACAACGUGAAACAGAUAAGGUAAUGGUUAAGCGGCAGAGAACAGCAUUCCCUCCAAAUUUUGUUCACUCGCUUGAUGGAUCCCACAUGAUGAUGACUGCCAUUACCUGCAAAGAAGCUGGCUUAAGUUUUGCAGGAGUGCAUGAUUCAUACUGGACACAUGCAUGUGACGUUGACCAAAUGAACAAAAUUUUGAGAGAAAAAUUUGUUGAACUCUAUGACGCACCCAUAUUGGAAAAUUUACUGGAGAGUUUUCAGCAUUCAUUCCCUAACUUGCAGUUCCCUCCCUUACCAGAGCGGGGUGAUUUUGAUCUAAGAGAGGUUCUGGAAUCUCCCUACUUCUUCAACUAGUCGAGCAGUCUUAUUUUUUCGAUUUUGUGUGGUCUGGUAUUUGCUUUAUCCCCUACAACGACAAAACUCGUGAGAUCUUCAAACUGCUGAGCUGGAUGUCAGGACAAGAGCCUAUACUGACACAUUAGCUGCUCUGCAUUGAUAACCGUGCCAUACGCUACUGCAGAAGGCGGCAUUUGACUAUACAUGUUGGACAAGAUUUGGAUUUCUCGGAUGAGUCGGGACAUAAGUGUUCUACGAAAAGUUGUACGGGGCGAAGGCAGUCGGCAAAUGGUUUCGAUGAAAUAUUAUUCGUGUACAAACAAGUAGAGGCAGGUGUAAGCUAAAGCGGAAACGCCUCCCGCGCUUGUACUUAGAGCAAUGGACCAGCAUGAUUGUGAUGGAUAUGAGGAUAUGAAUCAAGUUCCUUCAGUAAUAUACUGAAAAGGCAAACUAAUUAAGACUGACCUAGAUGGCUCUACAGAGUGCUGAGUAGAACAGUGAGAUAAUAGCUUCUUCCUUUUUUUUUUUUUUUUUUUUUUUUCUCAAUAAAAUCUGAUUAUUACUUGCUUUUGUACCAUUUACAUAGCAGGUUGUAUAUAUCUUUUAUGGUGGAAUGUCACCUCAUUUUUUAUACAUCUUUAUCUUUAUCCUGAGCUUUGUUGUAAUAAGAAACACAGUUCACAGAUUUUUUAAUAGAAAGGAGUUAUGUUCU